AUGGCCACUAGAAACAGCCUUGACGAUGAGGCAGGGCAUAUUGACUUCCAAGCAGCCAGAAUAUCAGAUGCCCCUCCAAUACUCUCACCGGUGACCUCCUUUCCUCCGUUGCAUGCCCAUAUGGCGGCCGACCUCGUGCCGUCCAUCGCAAUCGACCCCAUUGCGUUGAUCACGACAGAAUGCAUUACCAUCACCUCAGCUAUGCGCAAACAUGCGCGCUGGUCACAAUCUUCGGUGUCAGCCAUCCUCGGCGGAGGCGCCUCUCGAGCCCAAGAGAAGGAAAUCCAACGCUCGGGCUCGCAGAGUCGUCGUGGAGGAGGAAAAGGCCCAGGCCCCGUCAUAUCAGACCCGGGAAAGGCGAGGCUCAGUGUCCCCAACGCGUCCGACGAUGAGAAUGUUAGUCUGGCCAGUCGAUGGGGGCUGCGGGGGAAGAAGGGAAAGAGCUUGCAGGACAAUCCUCUUCUCUCGGCCUUUGCCCGCCUGAGGAGAGAUCUGGCCGGCUGCAGGGAUGUGUCCACCGUCGAUGCACCUGAGCUGCUGCACCCCUUUCUACAGGUCAUACGGAGCUCGUCAACAAGUGCGACUAUUACGAGUUUGGCGGUCAUCUCCAUCACCAAAUUCCUCUCCUACAACAUCAUCACAAUGCAGAGCCCUAGGAUUGCGCUGGCUAUGCAUCUGCUCAGUGCGGCCAUCACACACUGUCGCUUUGAAGCCAGUGACACAUCGGCUGACGAGGUGGUUUUGCUGAGGAUACUGAGGUUGAUGGAGAGUGUCAUUUCACGACCAGAGGGACAGCUGCUGGGCGAUGAGAGCAUUUGCGAGAUGAUGAGUACGGGGUUGAGCAUGUGUUGUCAGGCCCGGCUGUCCGAGGUACUCCGGAGGUCAGCCGAGAUGGCCAUGGUCACCAUGUGCCAGGUCGUCUUCGGCCGACUGAAGUCCUUGAAGGUCGAAGAAGUUCCUCAGACUAGGAGUCGAUCGAACACGAAGACCACACUGUUGAGUGGGGCGGACGAGCUCAAGAUCGAACCCCCCAUGACUGGCAGUGUCAUGGGGAACGGUGAACUUGAACGGCCCAGCUCCGACGUCGAGGGUCGGGCUAGUGCUGAGCCUGGGACUGAACCAAGAGAUCCGUCUGCUGUUCCACAAACAACCGUGCCCGCCAUCGCGGAGAACGAGUUUGAGAAUGUCGAACCUUACUCUUUACCAUCUAUCAAGGAGCUUUUCCGGGUCUUGAUUGGGCUGCUUGACCCACACGAUAAGGCUCAUACUGAUCCAAUGCGAAUCAUGGCUUUACGGAUCAUUGAUGUCGCCCUGGAGGUCGCCGGGCCUUCUAUAGCUCGACAACCUACUCUUGCGGUGUUUGUGCAAGACGAUCUUUGUCAACAUUUGUUUCAGCUCGUCCGAUCGGACAACAUGUUUCUCUUGCACAGCUCCCUACGCGUUGCAGGCACAUUGCUCACCACCUGCCGGCCGUUGCUAAAACUACAGCAGGAGUUAUUUCUAUCCUACUUAGUGGCGUGCCUGCAUCCCCGUGUUGAUAUCCCUCAAGAGCCAGGGAUCGACCCAUCCCUAUAUGAAGGAGUACCCCAAGCUCCGAAGCUGGUCAAGCCUAGUCCUUCUCAACCCAGCAGUGGUAGGUCCACGCCUGUACCAAUCAAGGACCGGCAAAAGUUGGGGCUUGAAGGGGGAUCCAGAAGGCCUGAAGCUCGAGAAGCCAUGGUCGAAGCUGUCGGGACUUUGGUGAGGAUACCGACUUUCAUGGUGGAGCUUUUCUUGAAUUACGAUUGUGACGUCGACAGACAAGAUCUCUGCGAAGACAUGGUUGGCUUGUUAUCGAGAAAUGCGUUUCCGGACUCGGCUACCUGGAGCACAACCAAUGUUCCCCCUUUGUGCCUCGACUCAUUGUUGAAUUUUGUGUCAUUUAUGGCUGAGAGGCUCCAUCAGCCGACACCGGAGGGAGCAGACCGAAGGAUAGAAAAGAUACGACAGCAAAGAGUACAGAAAAAGAUCAUCAAAAGUGGUGCUACACAAUUUAAUGACGACCCAAAAGCAGGCGUGGCCUUUCUGGUGAAAAAUGGGGUCAUCAAAGAUCCCGACGAUCCCCUGCAGAUUGCACAGUUCUUGAAGGGAACCUCGUACGUCUCCAAGAAAGUCCUCGGAGAUUUCAUUACCAAGAAAUCAAAUGUUCGACUCUUGACAGCAUUUAUUGGUUUGUUCAAGUUCGAAAACAAGAGGAUAGAUGAAGCUCUUCGUGAAUUACUUGGAUCUUUCCGUCUUCCUGGCGAAUCAGCUUUGAUCGAGCGAAUUGUCAGUACAUUUACUGAGAAAUACUGCGAGGAAGCAGCUCCUGAAGAUAUUGAAGAUAAGGACGCCGCUUUCGUCCUCUCAUAUGCUAUCAUUAUGUUAAACACCGAUCUUUACAACCCAAAUGCCUCAAAGGGGCAGAAGCGGAUGACAGCCGAGGACUUCGGGAAGAACCUUCGUGGAGUCAAUUCGGGCAAGGAUUUUCCUCCAGAGUUUCUCCAAGAGAUUUACGAUGCCAUUAAAGAGAACGAGAUUAUCCUCCCUGACGAACAUGACAAUAAGCAUGCGUUUGAAUAUGCUUGGAAGGAGCUAUUGAUGAAGACGACCGAUGCUGGUGACCUCGAGUUAUGCAACACAAAUGCCUUUGAUGCAGAAAUGUUCAAAGCGACUUGGAAACCGAUCAUUGCGACGCUAUGCUAUGUCUUCAUGUCGGCUUCCGAUGAUGCAGUCUUCUCUCGCGUGGUUGUGGGUUUCGAUCAAUGUGCUCAGAUCGCCGCCAAGCAUGGGAUUACUGAAGCGUUUGAUCGGAUCAUCUACAGCAUCAGCCAAAUUAGUGGUCUGGCCGCAGAAGUUCCUCCCAGCACAUCGUUGAACACGGAGGUCCAAGUCGGAAAGAAGAGGGUAAUGGUCAGUGAGAUGGCAGUGCGACUUGGACGUGACUUCAAAGCGCAGUUGUCGACGGUCCUCUUGUUCAGGAUAUUGUCCGGAAACGAAGACGCCGUCAGCGCCACGUGGAUUUACGUUGUGAGAAUUCUGAGGAAUCUUUUCGUUAAUUCGUUGAUCACAUUGCCGACAAUUGAAGGCAGCCGACUUUCGGCGCUUGAAGCUAUUCCCCUACAACCUCCGUCACAGGUGAUCGAUAGGGAUGGAAGGCUGAGCGACAGUGGCAUCUUCUCGACGUUCACAUCCUAUCUUUCCAGCUAUGCUGCCGAUGACCCUCCAGAGCCAUCUGAAGAGGAGCUCGAGAACACUCUGAGCUCGGUUGAUUGCGUCACAGCAUGUAAUGUCGAUGGUGUCUUGCGACACAUUGCUGCUCUACCUCCGGCUCAGAUCAAAUCUCUAGUCGCUGCUCUUCUGUCACAGAUGGACGAGUCAUCCCCAGUUGUUACGGUCAAACCAGAGCGCCCCAUCCCUGUGACGGUAAGGGUUAACGGACACCGUAUGCCCAAGGCAGGACCAGAAUACGACCCGGGCACAUUGUUCCUUCUCGAAUAUGCGACGCUACUUACGCUGAGGGACGAAGAGACAAUAGCUGCUGCCGGCGAGGGUUUGACUGGAAUCCUCCAAAAUUAUGUUCGGGAUGCUACCAAUUUGCACCCACUUGCAGCAUCAAGAGUCGUCCAUUAUCUCCUGGAGUUGUUACGUCACAGCUAUGUAAGUGAUAUAUCAUUCAGGAAUUCCGCGGAAACUGACAUCGAGCAGACCCACGAUUUCAUGCGUGCACCAGUGGUCAUGCAUGCUAUCUCAAGUUUCGACGACAACGUGCUCGACCGAACUGCCCCCACUGUCAUGCAGGGCCUGGCUCGUAUCAUAUCCCAGCCAGAUUCUCUACGGAAUGAAGUCACUAAAUCACCGGAUUUCUGGUCUACCUUACAAAGGCUCCACCAGCACAAGACUGAGGCCGAGCAUGUAUUCGAGAUCUUGACUACCCUUGCCACUUCUCGGCCUACGGCGCUGACGGCAGAUAAUUACGAAGCCACAAUCUCUCUUGCUAACGACUUCGCAUCCGCCGGCUCUAUUGGAUCCAUCCAGGAGAAGCGGAAAGACUUUGCUGCCAAGCGAGGCCAUCAGGCCAAACCUGCUAGACCCGAGGAUAUCAUCGUUGUACAGCGUGCAAACAAAGCCAUUGGGCUCAUUUACCAGCUCACAGAUCUAACGCCGUCUUUAAUCGAACAAUCUCAUCUCGAACGUCGGGAGGCAUGGGCGGCAGACUGGAGCCCCGUCUUCCGCGCCCUAUGCGCGCAGUGUGUCAAUCCUUGCCGCGAAGUCCGUCAUCGGGCUCUAUCCGCCCUCCAACGGGUUCUUCUGGCUGAAAACGUCGCUGACAAAGAGGACCAUACAGAAUGGACUGCUAUUUUCGACGAAGUCCUGUUCCCCCUCACGCUACGUCUGCUAAAGCCGGAAAUCUACCAGCUCGACCCCGUGGGAAUGAACGAAACCCGAGCACAGGCGGCAAGUAUUCUGUGCAAGAUCUUCCUGCGCUACCUCGAACGACUGGCCAACUGUGGCCGUUUGCCCGAUAUUUGGGUCAAGGUGCUUGAGCUGCUCGAUCGCCUGAUGAAUGCGGGCACCGAGACUGAUGCACUGGCUGAAGCUGUCAGAGAAGGAGUCAAGAACGUUCUGCUAGUUAUGGAUGGCACGGGCUACCUGGAACGAGACGGCAAUCCUGCAGGUGUGGCUCCACCCCAUAUCGAAGUGCCACAGCCCACAUCAUUAGCACCUGGUGGUGGAGAUGUCGCCAGCAAUGAGCCAGAGGACGAAGACGAAGACCGAAACGAAGCUGAUGAGGCUGGAGACCAUAGCGGAGAAAACACUAAGCACGCCCAGCAGGGUAAGAACACAGCGCAACCUGCGAAAAUCAUGGUGUGGCAAGAGACCAACAGGCGCUUGGAUCGGUUCCUACCGGGCCUCAUGGAAGAGCUGUUUCCUGCUCCUUCCCCCCCUGCUCCUGCUCCUGCUGAUGAUGUGCCGGAGCAGCAGCAGCAGCAGCAGCAAGAAGGAGUUGAGCCAGGGAGUACGAUGGUGCCGGUUCGUGGUGGUCAUCCCCGCUAG